AUGGUGUUCCUCCUGCAGCGCAUGCCGCUGCUGUGCUUCCUCGUCGUCAUCAAUUCCGAACUCACUCGCAACCACGCCGACUACACGUGCUGGACGAGCAAGCUCUGCGGCGGCGAGGAGAGCAAGCCCUGGCGCAAGGUCAUCUGCCUGAUCGUCGCCGUGUACGCGUCCAAGGACCUGUUCAGCGACCUCGUGCGCGUGGGCGUCCAAGGGCCGGUGAGCGCCAUGGAGGCGGUUCGCGCCGUCGGCUUCCUCUUCACGCCCGAGGCGCACGCGGCGCGUCUCGUCGCGGGCCUUGUCGUGCCGCAGCGCCACUGGUCCUUCAGCUGGAACCAGCUAGAGGACUUCGUGUACGCCUGCGGCCACGCGCUCUGCGCGCGCGAGCUGGGCAUGCCGUGCGGCCACGGCGAUCUCGCGGCGUACGGCGACCUCCUCGUGGGCCUCGGCCUCAUCCAGGUCGUGAUCCACGUCGCGGAGAACGGCACGCCGACGCUGUUCCUCUGCGACGGCAACGUCGUCCUCUUCGUCAACAAGAUCUUGUCCCUGGGUGGGCACGAGCAGUGCAAGGCCACGCCCACCCUCGUCCUGCUCAUCUUCUUCUUCUUCGGCAUCGGCGACGACGACAUGCGGCAGUCGGCGCGCGCCUUCAUUUACGCAGCCUGCCACUUUGGGGCAAUGUCGAUGUCCGGGGUCCACCUCCUGAACCAGUUCUUCACGGCCUACGACGCCACCGCCCACUUCCUCGCGAUCGGACCGAUCGCGAAGAUCGUCGAAGCGGCCGGGAACCGCUUCCACUUCAGCGAGACGGCCUUCCUCGACGACGGCGCGGCCCGCGCGAUCCUCGGGAACCAGAUCAAGAUCUCGACGUUCCUCCUCAAGAUCCUCGGCGGCGAGCUCGCGACGCGCAUGCUCGACGUGGGCUUCCCGUCGGAAGCCUGGGCCGCCAACAUCGCGUCGUGCUGGGCCGCCCUCGAGGACCAGAAGGCCUCGACCUGUGCCUCGACGGACCGUUUGAAAACAGCCUGGGGCGUGCCGGGCUUCGCCUGGCGCGCCGUCUUCAUCUUCGGCGGCUCGCUGGGGCCGCAGUCGAGCCGCAGCGUGCUCCGUAUCAAGGUCUCCUUCGCGUCCGGUGACGACGCGGCCCUGCGCCAGGCGCUCUUCGGCGUGAUCGCCGUCGCGUUCGCGUUCGGCGAGCAAGUGUCCGGCCGCCCGCUCCGGCUUCCAUCGUGGGUCAGCGACGACGUCAUCAGCAACGCCGUCAAGAACUUCCUCAAAGCCGGCACGCCCUGCAUCCUCGCCCGGCUCGCGGUCACCAUCGCCGCCGAAUCAGCCGAGACCGCGACGCCCGCGGAGCCCUUCGGCCCCAGGCGCCGCCAGCUCUGCUCCGAGAGGUCUAGGGGCGUCGGCAUCCCGGUGACGCUCGAGGAGGAGCUGCGCGGCGGCUUCGACGACCUCUUCGCGCGCGCCUCCUGGCCCGAGACCUUCACCUCCGUCUUCGCGGACUGCGCCUCCAACGGCCCCGCGGAGCGCCGGACCCGCCGCAUCGAGGAGCUGCGCCGCCGGUUCGCGGCCGGGGACGACGCCGAGCGCCGCUACGACGUCGAGAUCGAGGAGCGCGAGCUCCGCAAUCGCGUGCUGUUCAAGAGCCCGGGGACCGACCGCAACCUGUUCCGCGACGCCGUGCCCCCCGGCGGCGAGGAGCUCAUGCCUGGCAACGCGGCCGGCGGCGACGACUCGCGGUACUACGACCUGAGCGACACGCUGUGGAACAAUGGCAAGGGCAUCCGCGUCGACUACCCGGUGUCGACGGAGGCGCUGGACGACAGGGCAUGGACCAGGGAUGACUUCGUGCGCCGCAUCUUCACAGGCUCUCCCCCCGCCCUCGAGCUCCCGCCGCCGCCCGCGGACGACAGCGACGACGACGGCCGUCACGACGGCGGCGCGGGCGGCGGCGCGCACGACCCCGUCGAGUCGCACCAGGCCCGGGAAAGGCGGCUGGGGGUCCUCGGGGCGUGCUGCUUGUCGUGCCUGAACCCCGUGACGGAUACGGGGACCUACUCGACGCUGAAGCGGUGCGCGGUGUGCGCGGGCCUCAUGGCCGACGCGCUGCGCGAGGCCGAGGCCCUCAUUGCCCAAAAUGGCGGCGGCGCGGACGGCGAGCGCGCGGCGAUCAAGAAGUUCUUCCGUUUCGACCCGUUGGGGGAACUCCCCUACGACGAGAGGAGCUUAAACGACAACUCGAUGAACCAGAAGCUCGAAGAUUUUAUCGACGACCCGGCGCCCCUGGUGGUUAUUUACGACGAGUCGGAGCCCGAGCCGAAGACGGAGCCCGAGGCCGACGAGCCCGAGCCGAAGGCGUAG